ACAAUCCAGUCGGCGUUUGAGAUUUCCAGAGUUCUGUAGUAGCUGCACAUUAUUUGAAGUCGACUGAUAAGUAACUUACAAGAAGCCUUCAAAGAGGCUUCAAUCACUAUAAUGGGCGCUUGUAUAAGUAGAAAGUCAUCGGAGAAAGAGGGCCGCCCAGCCCGCUAUUCUGCAACUUGAAUUGUUUGAGACUUCACCAUACACUCUAUGUACGCUGCAGGUUGCUUGCGGAGGGUCUCUCUAUGUUCUCAUAGUCAAACUACUCUAACACGAACCCGUUUACCUGGCCGUGAUAUCACCCGAUUUUCAAUUAUACGACAUGCUGCGUCGACCGCUCAUUUGCAACGCCGUCCUCAGGAGGAACCCGUAGACGUAGAGGAACAAUCGCCAGAGGCCUCGAGAUAUGGAACCUCGCCUUCCAAGGCACAGAGUCAUGAAAAUAUUCGCUCGUCGGAUCCAGGGGAACUUGUACAGGAUCCUGACGCAUGGAUGGCGCAAGGUCUCCAGGCAAUCCAGACAACCCAGACAAUGAGUCCGAGAGAGAGGCGGAGGCAGCUACUUGGAAAGCCACUACCGCAUUCUUCAAACUGGUAUGAACCUGAGUCAAGCCCGUCGAAAUAUGACGGAUCUCCGUUCAGAAGGGAAGACUAUUUGGAACACCCGCUUCAACAAAUACCUGAAAAGCCCAAAUACCCUUGUCCUCAUUUAUCUGAUGAAGAAGUCGAGACCUAUCUGUUCCCGCUGUAUGCUCGACUAUGGUCUAUUACUCAGUGUGACAUCGAGUGGAACGGUGCUCUGCGAAAACCGCUCAUGCUCUCCAAGACCAUGGUGUUUCCAAGCUUCACCGCCGCUAUGGGUUUUGCGAAGGAUCUCGUCCAUAAGAUAGAGGCAGAAGAGCAUCAUCCGAGACUAACUAUUGAUAACAACCGUGUCACCGUUAGUACACAUACACAUUCAGCCAUUAUCCCAGGCAUUUCUCCCGAUGACAAGACGUCGCCAUACCGGAAAUUCCCAGGUGUCACGCUACGUGAUGUGCGACUAGCCAUUGAAAUUGAACUUAUCUACGAACGACAUAUCUUCAUGGAUAGUUCGAUCGCUGCAGUUGCCAUUCCAUCAGGUCGAUAUCCUGCAUCUCUGCAUGAUAUAUCUGGCUAUCGCAUUCCGUCUCCCACAAGCAGCUACCCAGGUGAAGAAGACGACGCUGUUCCAUCGGAGGUAGAACACGGCCUCGCCACCGUCCCGCUUCAUACCUUCGUCGAUGCUGCACAAUCCCACAUAUCGGAACUUCCAUUAGACACCGGCAAAUGGGAGUACAGAGUAUGGGCGGGGGAGGUUAUCGAGAAACCACUUGGCAAAUUAAAGUGUCAGGCCUGUGGUGGCAAGCACGCUCUGCCAAAUUGUCCUGUCCGCCAUACGAUUCCACCACCUGGACCCUGCACACUUUGCGAUGGUGAUCAUUGGCUGGUUGAUUGUAUGCUUUACGAGAGAGGGAAGCCGAAGAAGUCCAUCUGGUAGUCCUGCUUGCGACUCAAUGAACCUAGGCUCUCCCAAGCCUCUUUCUAGGAUGUGUCGUCGAGAUAAUUGGCGCGCAAACCAUAGGCCACGGUCUUAAUGCUAAUCACCGUUCACUCCGUAUGGGAUGUAUUUUUCUCUUGGAGAUGAAGCUGCAUCGUAUACACUGUACGAUAUUAUGAGAACAUAACACGACCUCGUCCACCUACCCUACUCAUGCUCAAAUCAAACCGGUAUGAAAACUUUACAGUGAAACUAUUUAAAAUACAUUACUGGCGGGAUCAGAUCAUAUACUUUAGUAGGUUGACACUGUUUGCUGUGACUGAUAGAGUGAUAACUGCAAAGAAAGCUGCUCCUUCACGAGUUAAUCCGUCAUCUGUAUUCC